AAUCGGCCGAAUGGCCGCCUCACUCCCUCUCUCAACCCUUCCAUCUCUCUCGUUCUCUCUUGUCUCUGCCUCCUCUGAGAUGAGAAGAAGGAGAAGAAACUCUUCCUCUGAAACACUAGCAAACACCACAAAAGCAAAACCCACCUUCCUCUCCUUGAUUCUGGAAACGACAAGAAUAAAAACGAAAAGACAUACAGCGGCGACGGUGACGAUAGGGCAUGUAGCAGUGACGGUGACGAUAGGGCGUACGCCGCCGGCGAAGAAAACGACGACGACUAGGAGGGAAAUCGAAGGGUUUCGUUUUGGUUUGGUGCUAUGGGAGUUUAAAAAAGGGGUCGCCGUCGAAUCCGGUUCUCGCGGGCGGCAGCAGAGAUAGAAGACACACCGUCACCAAAUCACGAAAGAAAAUGACUCUGGCUUCAACUAGACCGAGUAUGGUUUCGUUCUAGGUUAGAUUUUGGAUUUCAUGUGGGCCUUUUAUUUUUGUUUAAAAACUGGAUUCUGGUAUUGUUACUUUUUACGUUUUGAUUUGGGUUUUUCUAUUGUUGGCUUCAGAUCUGUUGCCGGGGAAAUGGAGAGUCGCUGGUGACGAGGGUAUUUUUCGCUGGCGGUGAAAGAAAAUCGACCGUCAGAGGCAGUUGGGUAGGUUUGGUUUUUUGAGUUGUUUUUUGAGUUUUUAUUUUUGAAGGAUUCUGACUAUCGAUCCUGACUUAUUAGAGGUUUAAGAGCAUAGUGGUCUAGGUGAGGUCUCCUAUAACUCUAUUAAUUUGGGAAUUGAGAGAUUUAAAACUAAAAGGUGGAUUAUACUACUAUAGAUCUAAAUGAUUUGUAGGUCUGAGUACUAGAAAAUAAGGUUGUGAAUUAGUUUAACUCUAUGGAAUUUUAGGGUUUUUAAUGGGUUAGAUGGAUGGUUUCGGAUGUAGCUUGAUAUGCUGAAAAUUGAUAAAAAAGGAGAAGGGGAAAUUUUUUGUAGUAGAAAAGUAAUUAACAUGCUCUAAAUCGCUAAUUUUAGCGAUAAAAAUCACUGCUAUUGCUUGUGAUUUUGCUGAACUAUGUCGCGGAUUUUGAAAAUCUGAAAUUUAUUGUGUUCAAGGUGUUUGUUAUGAAUUGUAAUUUAGCUCCUACAAAUUUCCACCACUGCUUGCCAUUAGAUUAUGGUUGAAUUGUGGAUUUUGAAAAUCCAAAAUUUAUGUAGUGGGUGAUUUUCAGUGGAUCUGGAUCCAGGUUGAUCCAUGGACUUCUAAAAAGUGGUUUUUGCUUGUAUCCAAAAUAUGCUAUUAGUUGUACUUUAAUUUGCUAUCUAUCCCUACAAAUAGGGAUAUCUAAACACGACAGAAAUUUAAAAUAAAACAUCUAAGGGCCCGUUUAGUAUUGUUGCUUGUUUUUGUUUUCUGUUGUGUUUUAUAAAAUCGCAGAAAUCGAGGAGAAAAAACAUGUUUAGUUAGGUUUUUAAUUUUUGUUGUGAAACAGAGUUACACAACCAGGCUCAAAUAAGAGAAACAAUAAAUUAUUGCUUUGGAUUUGAUUCGUACACAUGUUUAACACGGGAUUUCUGCUGGUUGUGUCUUUGAUUUCAUUAAACUAACCCCCAGUUCGAGUCCCUUCACAUACGAAAAUUUUGUUUAUUUUUUUCAACCCCUCCACAAGGCCCCAACCCUACUCACCAUUCAACCGUUCUAUUAUUUUUUCACCCACAAAAACUCGCCCGCCGCUGCUCAUCCUCUUCCUCUCCGAGAGGAACGACGAUCCCUUUGGCAUCCCUGUCUUGCUGCCGCACCCGCCGCCAGCGCUCGUCCUUCAAGCUCUUCGCCCAUCAGACCCCGUCGUCCGCUCGUUCCCCUGCCGCACCAUCUCGUCGCUCGCCUCUUUGUAGGUUUCGUGAAACCCUGAAGUUUGGGACUUCACACUUCCUAGAAACAGUUUUUUUUCCGGGAAUUCGCUUUUGAUCAUCGAAUGAAGCAUGGGAUUUAGUUUGGUUAUUUCCUUUAAUUUCUUGAACUCGAACAGGGUAUGCAGAAUUUGGUCCAUUCCCUUCACUUUUGCUCUUGGCGGAAUUUUCAAGCCCCAGAUAAUUGUCAGCAAAGAAUGCCAUUUGCUCUUCCCAACCGAGGCCCAAUUUUUCUGGGAUUGUGAUCAUAUUUAGUUACUAAUAACAAUUGUUUACUAGAAAUUAGGUUGCUCGAUUGAUGUCAAGUAUGCUAAUUUUUUGUUUUUAGUUUUUACUGAGAAGUAAUUAAACGCGUUUCUGUUUUUUGUUGUGAGUUUUUAUAAUUUCUCAUAUUUACCAACUAAACAGGUUUGAGUUGUUUGUUUUUUUCUUGUUGUAGUUGUGCAUGUGUUUCACAACAUCAAUCCAACCACAACAACAGCAAAAUAAUACUACACGGGACCUAAGUUCAUGGAUAUUGAAGUUAAUCAGUCUAUAGAUUGGCACAAUGGUAAUAGCGCAGACAAAGUUAAUGAUACAAGGGAAAAAAACUUCAAUGAAAGAUCUUAACGAAACUUAUAUGAGCAGAUCUUGGUAAAUAGAGUGCUUUAAUGUAAAUGAGCUUGUAAAGUAAAUUGCCUGAAUAUAAAUAAGCAAGUAGAUGGUACAUUAUAACAUCAUGAUGAUAGUAUGAACUUGGCAAAAACUGAAUAAUAUGUUAUUAAGAAAAUGGGUUAAUUGUAUGGUUGGUCACUGAGUUUACAAAAAACGUUCAUGUUUGGUCACUCCAAAUAUUUAAAUCCAUUAGCGGUCACUCGAACUAGUAAAACGGUCCACGUUUAGUCACUCUCCGUUAGUCUCCGUUAAUUUUCAUUAACACCGUCAGUCAAUUGCUGACGUGGCUAACAGAAGUGUUAUCUAAUCCAAUUUUAACCCUCCACAUCACCAAACCCGACCCGCCACAUUGAGGAACAUGUUCCCGGAGAGGUCGAGGAAUUGGAGGUUGUGGAAGGAGCGAAUCGAUUUGGGGACCUGGCCGGCGAAGAAAUUGUUGGAGAGGGAGAGUGUUUCCAGAUUGGGGAAAUGCUUCAAGAAAUUCAGAUCCCCAGACAAUUUGUUGGAGGCGAGAUUCAGAACGCGCAGUCGGAGGAGGAACGGAACGCCGGGGGACCUGAACUUUGCCCGUGAAUCGAUUGUUGGCGAGGUUGAGCAUCGCGAGCUAGUACGGAUUUUGUCAAUGAGGCGGUUGUUGGGGAGGGAGACCUCCUUGAGCUCCGUCAGCCGACCAAUUGUCGGAGAGUGACUGGGAUUUGAAGACCAGCCUGGUGAUUCAAAGCUCAUAGGAGUGGUCGUUGGCGGCAGGAGAGAUGCGACGCUCGCAGAAGAGGUCGUGGAGGUUGCAGGGGGAGACAGAGGUGUUGCAUUGUUGAGCGUUGACUCCCAAGUCUCGGCCAAUGACGGAGAUGGCGCGGAGGUUGGAGUGGUUGAGAUCGAGCCGUGCAUUAACGACUAGGAUGACAGAGGAUCAGAAGUGAACGAGGAGGAGGAGUUGUUUGUGGGAAGAACUAUUUGGUUGUGGGAGGGAACAAGGAAUUGGGGGAUGGAGGGAUUUUUUGGGUUCGAUUUUGGCUGGAGGGGAUUGGAAUUAAUGAUUGACAGGGGUUAUCUGCGGCAAGGAGAUGAGAAUGGCGAUGGAUGAGGGAGGAUGUAAUUUUUGGAGGCAGUGAGCGAUUGUCUGGCGACGGCGGUGGUUUUGGAGGCGGAGGAUUGGGUCAAGAUUGCGAAGGGUUGGGUUGGAGAGAUGAUGUGGCGCGUCGGGUUUGGUGAUGUGGCGGGUUAAAAUUGGGUGAGUCAUCACUUCUGUUAGCCACGUCAGCUAUUGACUGACGGUGUUAACGGAAACUGACGGAGACUAACGGGGAGUGACUAAUCUUGAACCAUUUAACUAAUUCGAGUGACCACUAAUGGAUUUAAAUAUUUGGAGUGACCAAACAUGAACGUUUUUUGUAAACUCAGUGACCAACCAUGCAAUUAACCCUUAAGAAAAUGGAAGCCGCGUAUGAGCACCAACCUGGUUGAAGUUUCUAGACCAGGCUGGUUUCUGUUUGAUGGCGAUGCUCCCUAGCUCACUGCCUCCUUGCACCCUUCUAUCUUGCUGAGCUCAUGUACUUAACUUAGUAACAAAGAAAAGUGGAAAAAAGAAAAUUGUUUCUGAUUAUCUGUUUCUGUAAGCGUCUUCUCCCCUUUCUCCCCUAAAACACAGAGCCAAACAGCUCCUUUAUAGGGAAAAGGACGUGUCACGUGUUGAUUGCUCAUUCGUCGAUUUUGAGGUCAAUUGUGAGACCUCCACCACACUUGGUCUGUCCUGACUGGUCAGGAUCAGUUCUGGAUAAGAUUGUCACGUGAGUUUGGGCCGAGUUGGGAGAGUUGGUCCUGAAUUUGUAGGCUGAGCUGGUCGUCGUUUGAGCUCAAAAUGGGCUUUGUCUAGUCUUGCCCUUGGCCCGAACUGGGCUAUGAUAUUGUGAUUUUAACAUGUGGACUUUGAAUUCGAGUUUGGGUUUGAUCUGACUGAUUUUGUCUUUGUUUUUGCAGGUCAAUGGCUGGUCUAGGCCUCAAAGCUUCAAGUGACGGGCCAGGCUUGUUUUAGUUGGAAAAUAGACUAUGCCAAUUGUAUCUAAGAUUCUUUUAUAGAUCCCAUGUGAAACCAAAUUAUUGUAUUGCAGUUUCAAAUUCUUCAAUGAUGCUUUGUAGUGCGCUUUCUUGAUAUCAAACUUGAAUACUUCAUCUCAUUCGAACUCGAACCAAAAUCAUAUUGUUGUCUAAUUCGGGCUACCCUCUCCAAUCCUUCAAAUGUAGUUAUGAAAGUUUUAGACCCGGACAAAAUGUGGUGUCUACAGGUUACGAUUUUAAAAUUGUUCUCCUAUUAUAAGAUAAACAAAAAUAGAGUUAAUUAUUAAACUCAAAUUGAAAUAAUCAAAAUAUGAAAAU